UACUGAUAGUGAUGCGACGUACAUGCGUCUGAAAGGCUGAACGCGAUUCGACAAAUUUCGGGUGCGCCGUCAUUUGUCUGUUUGGCUAAAUGCACUGGCUUUUUUCGACACAAAAUCUAAAGAGCGUGAAAAUGGUUCGUGGUACGCAAACGGUUAAAAAUAUAUAAAAUGGGAUGCAAUUAAGUAUUUCUCACGUAAAUGAUUGGACCGAUAAUUUUAUAUAAUAAUAAAUCAAAAAUAAUUAUUGAUUACGUAUAUAAAUACGUCAUUAGAUCACAGUGAUACAUCCUGUCAUAGAUGAAUACAUCCGCUCACAAUAAUUCAAACAGAGGUAGAGUUUACAAAUUAUUUACACUUUUUAAUAAUUCAGAAAAUACAUUUAAUGUCAAUUAAUAAAAAGUUGGAAUAAUUCGAAAUGGGUAUACCAGGUUUGACAACUUAUAUUCUAAACCGUUCUGAACAAUUUCUUCAAUCAUUUGAUUUGCAUGAUACAUACUUGGUUAUUGAUGGCUGUAGUAUUGGAUGUCAAUUGUAUACUGACUAUACAAAAAGUAAUUCUGCAUUUGGAGGUGAUUAUGAUAAAUAUGCUGAAUGUGUUCGACAUUUUUUCUGGGAACUCCAAAAAUGCAAUAUAAUACCAUUAGUUCUGAUAGAUGGUGGUUAUGAAAGUAGAAAAUCAAAGACUAUAAUGAAACGAUCACGUGACAAAAAUCAAGCAGCUGAAUCUUUUACUCUAUCAAACCAGAAUAAUGUACAUUAUUUUCCUAUUUUGAUGUAUUAUGUCUUUAAAAGUAUUCUGAAAGAAAUGAACAUUAGACAUAUUCAAUGUUUAUUUGAAGCUGAUAAUGCUAUAGCUAGUGUAGCUAAACUUUUAAACUGUCCUUUACUUAGUAAUGAUUCUGAUUUUUACAUUUAUGGAUCAUUGUAUAUACCAUUUGUAACAUUGAAAAAUCAUGUAAGAAAAUGGAGAAAAUAUGUGAUGCCCUGUAAAAUUUAUAAAGUUGAAACUUUAUUAAAUAUUUUUAGUGGAUUGACUGAAUCACAAUUACCCUUAGUUGCUACUUUACUAGGGAAUGAUUACAUACAUCAUCAUGAAUUCAAAAAUUUGUAUGACAAUAUAAAAUUGCCAAAAAUUGGACGGGUUAAUCGGAAUUUGCAGCAAUGUCGUAUAGAAGCUAUUUUAAAGUGGUUGAGUAACCACAAAUUAAAUGAGGUUAUAUUAUUAAUAAUAAAAACAUUGCCACAGGAAAAUAAAAGACGAACACUCAGAGCAGUUGAGAUGAUCAUAAAUGAAUAUACCAGUAUAUCAAUAAAUAUCUUGGAACUAUUGGGUUUUUCCAAAGAAAAUGUUGAUAAAGUCAUUUUACAAAAUAUAAAAAAUAAUUGUAAGUUUCAAACAGAUAUAAGUGAUAUAAUAAAAGAACUAUCAAAAGAAUUUCAAGAUAUGUAUGAAUUUGAUUUGGAGACUAUAAAUGAUGCUUUUAUUAAUAGUUUACCCUCUUGGUUCAUUAAUGAAUAUUAUGAAGCUUUGUUACCAAAUUAUUUUAUGAAUAUAUUAAUGCAUAAAUUAUAUGUAUGUCCUAUACAAAUUGAAGAUUAUAGUCAACCUUCAAGUAUAUUUAUAAGUGAAAAGAUUAUUAAUGUUAUAUAUACAUUACUUGAAUUAGAAUUUGAACAAACAAGCAAAUGUUCACAAUACAUAACUAGAGGACAAAAUAAUCAGUUAUCUCAUUAUCCAUUCAAAUAUAUUGAUAAUAUUGGUUCUUAUAAAAUUCCAUCUUUGCACAAUUUCAGAAAAAUUCCAAUGAAUAUAAGGAAAGAAAUUUAUGAUAAUACCUUAGAUAUACAACAUGAUCUUAUAGUUAAAUUUCCUGAAAAUUGGAGAUUGUAUAUUGCAACAGCAAAAUAUUGGAUAGAUAAUUUACCAGAAUUAAAAUCGGAUGCUCAUAUAUAUGCAUUGCUCUUUGCAAUGCUGCAUCAUAUUAUUGAUUCGAAAAUUGGUUAUUGUAGAUCUAUGUAUACAUUUAAAAAUAAAUAUAAACAGAAAUUGGAAGCAAUAGAAUCUUCGAAAAAACUAGUACACAAUAAAUAUUCUUUAUUAGAUUGUUUUGCAGAAAAAAGUAUUAUGGAAGCUCUUAAUAAAAUUAUGGAAGUUGAUUGCCUACUGUUAGCGCCAUUCUUUAUAUCUAAUAGUGACAUGAACAUCAAACUUCAACAAAAUCCAAAAAGCUACAAACGAGAAAUUGUUCAUAUAUUUGCACAAUUUCAAAGUUGUUUAAAACAUAGUAUAGAUCUAAAUCUAUUACUAGGUUGUCCAUAUCAACUUACGAAAAUCUCUGAUAUGUUUAAUGGUACCUUAUUAUAUAAUCUAUAUAAUAAUUUUAUAAAGCGUAAGAAAAUAGAAGAUUAUAUAUAUUGCAUACUUCAGUGUUCUCCAAAUUUUUAUCGACUAUUUCAUAUCACUUUAAUGGAAGCAAAGUUAAUGUUUAAGUUACCUGUUUAAACAUUUUUAAAGUUUUACGAAGAAAAAAGAAUAAAAUUUAUAUUUGAUAUAUAAGAUAUAAUGUAUAAUAAAAUAUUAAUUCAUAGUUCCAUUAUUAUUUUAGUUAAU